AUGAUAUUUAGGAGAGUAUUUACAAGUAUAAUAUUUGUGGGGUUCGCCGCAGAAGUGUGGGCUCAUGUUGAAAUAGAAGCUGAGGACUACUUCUUUCCUUUAGAACCGGUUAUAAACUUCUGCAAAAUGGCGGAACAGUGCCAGCAUGAUUUCGUCCCGAUCUGCGGGCAAGACUCGCUCGGUAUUACCAGGAUGUUCAACGACAACUGCGACCUCUAUGAAUACAAUUGCGAUGACAAGAAACAAUAUCGUCAUGUGAAAAUGGACGUGUGCAAAUAUGAAGCGGCGGCAGCUGAAAGAGUUUUCAAAUAA